GGAGGAGGUGCCGGCGGAGUCUUUCGAGCAGAACCACUUCCGGGUCAAGUGAAGUCUACUUCCGGGUUAUGCCCUUUCUCUGUGUUUUUGGCUUCUUUUCUUACAGAGGUGUGAGGGCAACAUUUUUGCAGAACUUAGUGCUUCAGAUAACUGCAGGCAUAGAUGUCAGCUUUCCCAGGCUCUGCUUCUGAUAGUGCUAUCUGUCACAAAAAGACGUCUCAAGAGGAAUCUCAAGUGGAUGAUACAAAGUAUAUCCAAAUAUUGACAGGAGGAAGACUUCUGAUUUUGUCCAUGAGCUCUCCUUAACUCACGAUGCACCCAGAUUUGUCUCCUCAUCUGCAUAGUGAAGAAUGCAACGUUGUCAUCCGUCUACUCAGAGAGUGCCACAAAGAGCACACCGUCUUGAGAUUUUUUGGCCGUUGCAAUGACCUCGACAGAGAAAUGAGACACUGCUUAAAGAAAGAGUAUCAAGAAAACAGAGCCAAGAGCCGAGUGCAUGCAGAAAAGUUGAGAGAGAAACUGCAGAAUAGUCCAGAACUGUAGAAGAGCAGUUGACUGGACUGAUUGUACCUCAUGCAGGAAAGCUAAAGAAGUAUGCGGCUGCCUCUGGACAAGUUAAUAAAGAAAAUGAUGGGAGCCAAAGCAUUUGCAACGAAAGACAUGUGUGGACGGGAAGUCAAUAGGCUUACUACACUGUUCAGCAUUUUAAACGUAAUUUAAAAAUACAUUUUUCAAAACCAGAA